UAUCCACCACGCACGCUCUCACUCACUCACACACAUGCACACACAUUCAGCUGCUGUAGUUCAGUAGGGGAUAACGUAAAAACGUUUCACAUCUAAAGACAUAUUUUUCUUAAACAUGAGGUUAAUGUUUUGUUUAUUCCUCUUUUGGACUUGUCCCGGAUCCGAAUCUAAGAUUCCUACUAAUAUAAGGUGCCUCAUCAUAAAUCUGGAGUAUGUAAACUGCACAUGGGAUGAGGAAGGGAUCCUCCAGGAAAACUACACAUUCAGAAGCAGGUUUGAGAAACAUGCAGAAAAAGAAUGUCCCACAUAUCUGAAGGCCAACAAUGUCAAUGUGGGCUGUAUCCUGCCAUACAGCGAAAAAGACAUGCAAAGAUUCGAAAUCCUGCACGCUUGUGUAUUCAGACAUGACGGCAGUGUGGUUAUAGAUUACCACCAUAAAAUGACAAACAUGGUGAAGCUGGACCCUCCAUACAACCUCACAGUGAAAUUUAGAGACCCAGAGCUCUGGCUGUACUGGAAUACCAGCAGCAGGGCCAAGUCAUCAUGUAAAGAGAGUCAAGUUCGCUACAGGACUAAUGGCAAAGAGUGGCGAACUCAACACAUGAAUAUUGAGAGGAAUUCCUUCAAUGUGCCAUAUCCUAGUAAUCGGAGCAUGUAUGAGUUCCAGGUCAGAGUUCGUAUGUCUUCCAACUGUGGCCAGUCGAAAAUUUGGAGUGAAUGGAGCAAUUUGUUGGGCUGGAGCUCCCAAAAGAACACCAAUGACACAGUGACGCUGGCCACCUCUAUGGCCAUGAUGACGGUGUACUUCGCAGGAGCGGCUGUGCUCCUCAUCACUCUGUCCUGCCUGCUUAUGCACAGUGAAAGGUUAAGGGUAAUUCUUGUUCCUGUAGUACCAAGUCCCAAAAACCUCGGCGAUCUUAUUGAGAGAUAUGAUGGCAAUGUAGAGAAUUGGCUCUGUAUCUCCAAAGAACUGCAGGAUGGUUUCAAGCCCAACUUCACAGAGCGUCCAUGUCCAGUUCCUACCUUAUUGCACUGUGUGGGAGAGAUGAUAAAGAUGUACAGUCUGAGUGUUACAUUACUAUAUGAUUCAACAUGAAAACUUAUGUGAAAUGUAAUGCAAUUAUAAUUCUUUGAAAGUGAUGGUUAGUAUUUAGAAGUUCAGGAAGAUAUCUUUCAGUAUUCGAUAUAUUUGAUUUUUAAAAUAGUUCUUUUGUGAUUAAUCAAAAAAAAAUGUAAAAAAAAUGAAGCUCUGAAACAUUUAUACUAUAAUUGAAAACAUCAUCUGCGGAUUUCAUGUUAAUGUCUGUACAGAUGUUACUAAUUGCAAAGUCCUAAAACAUGUUUUUAUAUAAUUCUGAACAUGCUGAUGGACAUUACUUUGCCAUAAAUUAUGCAUCUUUUCCAACAUGCGUAUUAAUCGGUAAUAAUUUCGGUGUCACUAAAAAGUUAAUAUCAGACAUCCAAUGUUUCAGGUAUCCAUGAUGUUUCACUGAAGGGAAAAAAAUGUAAAUAAACUAUCUAAACUUUCAUGCUUCUGAAUUACCAGAGUCACAGCAGGAAAUGCAGUUAAUGCCUGCCAUCUACUGGCUAAUCAUUAAUCAUUUGACAAUAGUAAUAAUAUAGUCAUUUUAAAUCUGUAUGUUAAAAUUUGAAGCAUCUUAGUAAGUUAUUAAAUUUUAUUCUAAACAUU